ACGUGACCACUGUGUCUUCCGACUUCUACCGAUCUUCACCAUGACUGAUCCUUGGCAGGAGUGCAUGGAUUACUGUGUGGAACUCACCAAACAGGCUGGAGAGGUCAUCCGUAAGGCGCUGCCGAAGGACAAAACCAUGGAGCAGAAGAGUUCACCAGUUGACCUGGUGACAGCAACAGACCGGGAAGUGGAACAGUUCUUUUUUUCCUCCAUCAAGGAAAAGUAUCCCACACACAGCUUCAUUGGUGAGGAGUCAGUAGCUGCAGGCGCAUCCAGUGUUCUAACAGACAGUCCUACUUGGAUCGUUCACCCUGUUGAUGGUACUACCAACUUUGUUCACAGGUUCCCAUUUGUGUCUGUGUCGAUCGGCUUUACUGUGAAUAAAGAGAUAGAGUUUGGGAUCGUCUACAGCUGCGUGGAGGACAAAAUGUACACAGCACGGAAAGGGAAAGGAGCAUUCUGCAAUGGAGUCCCCAUCAAAGUGUCUGGACAAGAAGAUAUCACCAAAUCUCUGGUACUGACAGCAAUGGGUUACAACGCAGAUCCUGAGAAAUUCAAUAUCAUGUUGGCCAACAUAAAGACCAUUAUCAACAUCCCCGUCCACGGGGUCCGGUUUACGGGAAGUGCGGCUGUGAACAUGUGUCUGGUUGCGUGUGGAUCAGCUGAUGCUUAUUAUCACAUGGGCAUCCGCUGCUGGGACAUGGCAGGUGGGGCAGUAAUAGUUAGUGAAGCCGGCGGAGUCAUCAUGGACAUUUCAGGUCGACCGUUUGAUCUGAUGUCUCUGAGGCUGAUUGUCGCCAGCAGCAGAGCAAUAGCGGAACGCAUUGUCAAGGAGAUAAAACAGUUUCCUUGCUGCAGAGAUGACACUGAUGACUAGCGUACCUCCCCGCCAUCCUCAGUGACUGUAACCACUCGCACCCAACUGUUUUCUACGCUAUGGGUCAGGAGUUUCUCUUUGCCUUAACCACAGUUAUGACCAUCCUCUGAAGAGCUGCUAAGUAGGUUUGUUAAAGUUCAGCACGGCUUUCCUUUGUUUAUUUUCUUCACAUGCUUUUGCAUUUAGGCAUGUGUAGUUUCGAUUUCCAAUUUUGUUUUUCAAAUUAGCUGGAAAGUAUGGGCAGCGUCAAGCCACUUUUCCAGCAACUAAUCAGAGGUCUGGACUGCACACUCCAACAUAUGGAUUUACCCUUCCUCAUUAGUGCAAAGCUGCAUUACUUGUUUUCGAAAAACUAAACUGUGGAUUGAAGUCUUUA